AAAAAUUGGUAUCCAAACAAGUUCAUAAGCAUAUACAUUUAUAAACAUCCAUACUAAUUUUAAGUCAUUUUCACUAAUAUGGCAAUAUGACUAGUUCCAGUCUUUUUACUGUUUCAUUUUUCUCCCAAAGAUGCCUUUAAUUAAUUUCCUGUACUUGUUCUCUUUGCGCUUGGCAUUUGUAUACUUCUAAGUCUGUUUUAGUGAAAACAUAGUAAAGUAUGUAUACAAAUGGAUUCCAUUCACUAUAUAGACAUAUAUUUCAAGUUACUACAUUUUAAAUGGUUAUGACAAAAAAGCAUGUGAUGUCAUGUGAACCACCCAUGUGUGGUGACUGCAACUGAAUUUUAAUCGAAUUUAAAUGCUAAUUAUGCAACGAGCCUUUGAUGCUCUUCAGAGAUCUUCCGCCUCCACGGUGCAGCGUAAGCACUUCUCCAUACUCCUCGGCGCUCUCUCUCCUCCUCCUCCUCAACUAAGCUAUCCCUGCCUUUCUUCUUUCGUCUUCCUUGCUUUUUUCUCUCAUUCCUGCACAUCAGUCCAGCAGCAGCUGAUUAGAAGCACGCUAAUGUAAUUGAAUAUGGUCAUUAAUUAUCCUGGAAAUAGAAGCAACAAACCAUCUGUAUCUGUGCUUACUGUUAUUACCCCUUCCCCGUUCUGUACUUCCCACUUCUGAUCCUAUAUUUUAAUAUGAAGGAUUUGAAGGGUGUUAUGUGGAAUUGGGUCAGACUGGAGUGUAGGUUGUGGGGAUGGUAUGGAAAAGCUCUAUCUGCUGAUGUCUGAGUAUACAGUAGUCAAGACAGAUGCCCUUUGACAUUGAUUUGAGGCCAGUUGCUUUUAGAGUGUUGGGAAAGGGCCAAUGAGCAGGCUAUACUGGGAUUCCCUCGGUGAUUGAAUUUGUUUUUGAAAACGUCCCAUGUAACUUUAUACACUCUUAAAAAUAAAGGUUCCUAAAGUGUGGUUUAAUUUUUUCCCCCUAAAGAACCUUUUUUUUUCUUACUGUGAAGAGCAUUUAGAUAAAAAUCUAAAGAUUCUUUUUUUCUUUUCUUUUUUUUUACAUUACAAAGAGCCUUCUGUGCAGUGGAACAAUUCACUGCAUGUUGUUAUUCUUGUAGUUAUUUACCUAUAGUGGUUCGCACAUUCACAAGAAUAAAUGAACUUUAAAUAUGCACUACAGAAAUUUGACCUCUCUGUCGCCCUCUGUGAUUGCAUGCAAGAUUGCGAAGUUGUUUUGUGCUUCGCAACUGAAUGAAGCCUGAAAUUUUCAUCUUCAUUGUCAGCUUUACCCUAAAAAUUUUCUGUAGUGCACCUUUCACUGAUAUUAAGAAAUGCUGUAGAAAUUGUUGUUCAUUGCUGGUUUAUGAUACAUCAUGCAUUAACCAAUGUUAAUGAGUUGAACCUUACUGAGAAGUGUUAGCAUUCUGCUUUGGCUGCAUGAAUGCUAAUUGCUCAUGAAUUGCUGAUGACAUGUAUGUAUCACUUGGAAUGAGGAUAAAUGUGUAAUUGUGUUGAGAAGAAUGAGAAAUGUUCAGAGUGAGACAGCUCAUCUGACUGGGGCUAUGGUGUUCUUUUGUUCUCUUCUGCGAUGAUUGCCUAUUAUUCUAGAGAGUGAUUAUUCCAUUCUGCUUGUGGUCCACAUGAUCUUCUGUUUUUUUUUUUUUUACCCAAGGUGAUGAUAACUUUCACAAAAAACUGACAUUCAUUUUUCACUGUGCAUGGCCUCCAAGAUGACUAAUUUCUUAGUUCUUAGAUCAUUUUUAGGAAUGAUCCCAAAAAAUGAAAAUUCUAUUAUAAUUUGCUCACCCUCAUGUUGUUUCAAACCUGUAUGAAUUUAUUUCCUCUGUUGAACACAAAAGAAGAUAUACUGAGAAAUGUCUGGCUGCACUGUUAGACAUUUCUGUAAUUUCUGCAGUUAUUUACUGUAUAUCACCCAGUAUAAUACUGCAAAUUCCCUUUACAGUAAAUAACUGUAAUGCCCUUUGCAUCAUGGGAAUUUUCUGUUACGUAAGACCCCACAUACAGAGACUUACUGUAUUUUUUAAAAUUGCUGUAUACCACUGUACUUGCUGUAAUGGCCUCUUCAGCGCCAUUCUAUUGAGGUUGUUUUAUUUUCCUCAUUUCUUACAUUUGGAUUGACACAAUUUGCCCUACACCGUUUCUACAACGCCGCAACAGCUUGGGACUGACUACACUGGAUGUGUUACAUCACUUGUAAUGAUUGGAAAAUCCAUUUGUACUUCGUGUCAGAAAUGUACGUCAGAAAUAUACCGGGGCAUCACUUUACUGUCCGCAUCCACUGUAGAUAGUAUAUAUAAUGGGAUCUAUAUUGUUUUUUAUCGAGUCGCGCCACACCACUCGCGUCCGAGGAAGACACGGAAGCAGCAGGGCAGCGCCGCGGGUUUUGCCCGGGGAUGAACCCGCGAGAGUGGGAGAGCUCCGGAGAACAUCUACGCUGUGUGUCGAUGCACCUUACGAGAUAAGACCAGCAAGCAAGGUAAAAAUAUAUGUACCUUUGUCUGUGUGUUUGUGUCAGAUUUUUGCACACCAGUUUAACUUAGUAACAUGGCGGUAACAAACUUUACUAUGGUAAACUGCGCUGUCAUUUCAAACGACUUUUGUCAGCUUAUUGAAUUAAGUUACCAAAUUAAAAUUAUUUUUAAUGAGCAACGCUUAUCUUAUAUUAACAUUAGGUUAACUAAUGUGAAAUUUUGUUCAGGUCUUAGUAGUUAAUGUUGGCCAGUAGCCUGAGAAAAUAAAAUCCUAUGUUAAGUUAAACAAGUUUUAUGGCUAGCUGCCUUUUCUAGUUUUAGAAUUAGUUUGUUAUAGUUUUUAAUGAAAUUUAAGAUUUACUGCAUUGUUUUGUAUUUGUGUUUUAACGGCAACUGCAAUGAAGCAUCAAGAAAGACAUGAGCAGGCCAGCCACCCUGAGACUGAUAAUUCAUGAGAAGACAUUUCUGUCACUAAUGAAGUGGAGGGUGAGCAAAGAUGGUGGCCACGUUUUGGAGCAGCACCUGGGUUUUGCAGAUGGCUAUGCAUUCUUUGGCUGUUUGUAAAGAUUCUUUGGAGCAGCCCAUCUACAGCACUCGGGCACACGUCUUCCAGAUAGACCCCAACACUAAGAAGAACUGGAUGCCCACCAGCAAGCAUGCGGUCACUGUAUCUUACUUCUAUGACAGUACCAGGAACGUGUACAGGAUCAUCAGCCUGGACGGAUCAAAGGCAAUAAUAAACAGCACUAUCACCCCGAACAUGACCUUCACGAAGACGUCUCACAAGUUUGGGCAGUGGGCAGACAGCCGUGCCAACACAGUGUAUGGGCUGGGUUUCUCCACUGAGCAUCAUCUGGCCAAGUUUGCAGAUAAAUUUGCAGAGUACAAGGAAGCAGCCAGGAUGGCCAAGGAGAAGUCUCUAGAAAAGAUGGAGCUGGCAAGUUCGCCCUCUCAGGAAUCGCCUGCUGACAUUCAUUCCCCCCUGACUCCACCUGUCACUGCGGACCUCUGCCGAAUCAACGGCACCGGUGAUGACGUCAAUCUGUCUGACGUGUCACCAAAUUCUAUGCUCCAAUCAGACCUUUCCCCGACCACGCCGACCCUUGCACACAGCCCGACUACCAACAAACACUGGGAAGCAGAGCUUGCAGCACUAAAGAGCAACAAUGCCAAGCUCACAGCUGCUCUGCUGGAGUCCACGGCCAACGUCAAACAAUGGAAACAGCAGCUAGCAGCUUAUCAGGAGGAGGCUGAAAGGCUACACAAACGGGUUUCAGAAUUGGAAAGCCAGAGUAGUCAAACCAAUGUGAUCAAAUCCCAGAAAACAGAACUGAACCAAACAAUAGAGGAGCUGGAGUGCACAUUAAAGGCAAAAGAAGAGGAAAUGGUGCGAUUGAAAGAAGAAGUAGAAAAUGCAAAGCAGCUUCAAACUCAGAAAGAUGAACUCACCAAAAAGUUAGAUGAUACAGACUUGCGGAAUAAGGAGCUUGAGGAACAGUUGGCUGAUCUGGAGCAACGUCUGGAGUCAAGUCAAGUGGAUCAGGAGAACCUCCGCAAGAACCUCAAAACCCUGCUGGAGAUUCUGGAUGGAAAGAUCUUCGAGCUGACAGAGCUGAGAGACAACCUAGCUAAGCUCAUAGAGGACAGCUAGAUUCCUCCAACUCUUGCCUCAAAACAUGACUUUAAUGCCACUUUCCUUUCCUUUUUACGAAAUACACAACGUCUGAUUCAGGCAGAGAGAGUCUGAUGUGCUUUCGGACUCUCAUUCACUCACUUACACGGAAUGAUAAACCUUUGGUUGCACUUGAUUUUGUAUUUUUGAGGUGGGUUCAUUCUUUUCAGUGCCACUGCUACCUACCGAAUUUUAUUGUCAACAAUACACCCGUACUUUUGUCAAUGUUUCCUCCAAUUUUCCCCUGAAAUUGGCAGCCUGCAAAGAACAUGGCUGCAUAUAGGCUCCUACUUUUUAAAGGUGCUGGUCUUGUGUGCCUGGCUGUUGGCGUUAAUGGACGUUUCUUAUGCUGCUGAGGACACUACUGAAUUACACUGACUGGAUCUUCAGUCGUAUUUUAAGACUGGAUAUUCAGAGCCAUAUGUUGUAGCCAAAUGUUAUUGGCUUGCCUCUUCCCCGUCAUGGAAACUGCCUCAAUGUUCAAUCAGUCAAAGUUUCAGGAUACUCAGCCGCUGACCUAAAAAGCUCUUGACAUUUAGCAGACUUUGAGACGUAGAUGUGGUGUAUGCUUUAGGCCUGUAAUAUACACUGAGCAAUAUUAGUGUGAGCGUAUGUAUGCCAGAUUAGUGCAAGCCACUUCAAUGCAUCCGUCAGGUACUCAAACAGUCGAAAGGAUGAAUUUAUGGCCUGUUGUAGGUAAACUUUGGAUUUCUCCAAUGACCAGUGUAAUGCUUUUGGAUCGUAUUGGCCUUAUAAUAACCCGUAUCUAUACAUUUUUCAGGAUUUUCUUGAAGACGAGGAUCUUCCUUUGUUUGUUGACUUACCAAAUGCAAUUAUGUACUUAAUUCCUUAAGAUUUUCAAUAACAAUAUUAUUGUAAUAUUUAAAAAGUUCAUCCUGUUGAUGCGUAUUACAAUACAUAGAUCAUGAUACAUAGGUCAGUAUGAUUGUAUUUAUAUGUGGGAAAAUUCUGUUUUAAAUUUCCCAAUGUUAAUAAAGACUAUUUAAAGAUA